AUGAGCGUCAGCUUGGAUACAUCGUUAGGUCGGCUGAAGAUCCAGCUGUUUUAUGAUGAAUGCCCUCAUGGGUGCGAGAAUUUUCUAGCUCAAUGUGCACAAGAUAACUAUGAUGGAAUCAAAGCCAAACGAAGCGAGAAGGGCUUCAUUAUACAGUUCCCUUCGAAAGCACCCAGCAUUCAUCCGGAAAGCGGAGUAGAAACAAGACCAACAAUCAAGCAUCAAAGGGGCACGAUAUCGUUAACCAAACCUGGAGGGAGCGGGUUUUACUUUGCCUACGCGCGACAACCGGACCUGGACGGGAAUAAAACAGUUUUUGGACGCAUAAUAGAAGGCUUAGACGUUCUUGACAAAAUGGAGGAGGCCCAAACCGAAAAUAAUAAGCCUGUAACCGACAUCACAAUCGACGAUACUGAGAUCCAUUUCAAUCCGUUUGCCUUACGGAGUGUGGGCCAGCUUAAAUAG